GGACACCGGAGCCCGCAGCAGCCCCCGGGGUCCCGGGACGCGGAGCAGCGCUGCGGGUUGCGCUGACAGCGGGGCUCGGCGCCGAGGCGCGCAGGGACGGCGGCGCUGGAUGAGCCCGACGCUUUUCUCUAGGAUUUCCCAAUUGCAAAGAGUUAAUUUGUUCUUCUGCCAUUCAUGAGCCUGUUCUUGGCAAUGCUGUGUGGGAAGAAGGUUGAAGGCAGGAAGAAAUGCAUCCCCAAACUGGUUUCCUCUGAAAAGAUGUGAUAACUUCAUUUACCUGCUGCUUCAGGAUUUCACUUCUUUAGUCCAAGCUUUAUGAACUUGAACACAAAGGCACAUCAUCUUACCAGGACAGCAGAAGGUGACACAGAGAAGUAAUAUACAGAGACAGACCAGUCUUUUUUGUGACUGUAGUCAACCCAUGAAGAGUGAGGGCUCUCAGCCACCUGAAAGUACUUACUGCAUUUGCUUCAGAAUACUGUGGAGAAAAUGUAUGCUAGUCGAGAGGAUAUUGGAUAUGAUUUUGGAGAUGACUCAAAAGUUGGAAGUAAGCCAAUUAAACCUAACCCAAACAUCGAUGGAGGAUGGGCCUGGAUGAUUGUACUUUCCUCUUUCCUUGUGCACAUACUCAUCAUGGGUUCCCAAAUGGCCCUUGGAAUACUCAACAUGGAAUGGCUUGAAGAGUUUAAUCAGAGUCGUGGCUUAACAGCGUGGGUUAGCUCCCUCAGCAUGGGCAUCACGCUUAUUGUAGGUCCAUUUACUGGUUUAUUCAUCAGCAUGUGUGGGUGCCGCACGACAGCCAUACUUGGAGGGAUACUGAAUGCUCUGGGUUGGAUACUGAGUGCCUAUGCCUCAAAUGUGCACUACCUCUUCCUCACCUUUGGAGUGACAGCUGGCAUUGGAAGUGGCAUGGUUUAUCUGCCUGCGGUGGUCAUGGUAGGGCAGUAUUUUCAGAAGAGAAGAGCACUUGCACAAGGGCUCAGUACCACGGGAACAGGGUUUGGAGCUUUCCUAAUGACUGCCUUAAUGAAGUACCUCUGCACUGAAUUUGGGUGGAGGAAUGCCAUGUUCAUCCAGGGGGCCAUCUCCCUGAACCUUUGUGUCUGUGGGGCACUUAUGAGACCACUCGCUCCCAAAGACCUCUGUGAAAAAUAUGUGGUGAGAAGUGAUAGUGAAGAAAAUCGGGCGAAAGCUCUGUCCCAUUCUACAGAGACUAUAAAAUCUAAUGGAGUCCUUGGUGAAGAACCAGAGAAUAAAGAAGAGGUAGCAAAUGAAGAAGUGCUUGUCAGUGUGCAGCACAUAGAAAUUGGAGGUAAAUCUGGAAGUGGAAGGAGCAUGUAUGGACUGCGCCUCUUUAAGACAGUGAGCCAGCUGACAGUUACAGUCAGAAAGGGCUUUGCACUCUGGUACUCCAGCUACUUUGGAGCUGCAUCACUGUUUACCAAUAGAGUAUUUGUGGCCUUUAUCAUUUGGGCUUUGUUUGCCUAUAGCAGCUUUGUCAUUCCCUUUAUUCACCUUCCAGAAAUAGUCAAGCAGUACAACUUAUCUAGGCAGGACAAUGUAUUUCCUUUGACAUCCAUUAUAGCUAUCGUUCAUAUUUUUGGUAAAGUGAUCCUUGGAAUCAUCUCUGAUCUCCCAUGCAUCAGCACGUGGAAUGUCUUCCUCAUGGCUAACUUUACCCUGGUUGCCUGCAUUCUUACUUUGCCACUAAUGCAGACAUAUGUUGGCCUGGCUGUGGUUUGUGCUCUAAUAGGAUUUUCUAGUGGCUAUUUUUCUCUAAUGCCUGUUGUGACUGAAGAUUUAGUUGGAACUGAACACCUUGCAAAUGCCUAUGGCAUCAUCAUUUGUGCCAAUGGAAUAUCUGCUUUGUUUGGACCACCCUUUGCAGGUUGGAUCUAUGACAUCACACAAAAAUACGAUUUUUCUUUUUACAUAGCUGGAUUGCUAUACAUGGUGGGAAUAAUAUUUUUACUUAUACAACCUUGUAUUCAAAAGAAACAGCCAAGAGAAAAAUCUACAGAAGAAGCACAAGUAUAGAACAAAUUCCAGAAGUUUUUUUUUUACAGACCUUUUUUGUUUUCAUGUUUCUCUUCUGUGACAGUAUGAUGUUUUUCUUGUAGAACCAACCACAUUUAGCUGCACUUAAGUGGAAAGAAAAUGUGCUCCAUAAUGCUUAUAAAUUAUUGGAAAUAUGCUUUUAAAAUUAGUUAAGAUAUUUAACUUUAGAACUAUCAAAUACAGUGAUUUAAAGCACACUGCUAGUAUUUUAAUAUUAGAAAAAUGCUAAGAACCCUUACCCUUGCUUCUCUUUUAAUUUUUCACCAUUAAUUGGUGAAAAUCCAUUGACUGCAGUGCAGUUACUCUGAUUUACUAGUCCUGUGAGAGAAUUUGGUCAGGACAUGAAUGAUUUAUAAAAGUCUUUUCUACUAUGUAUUCAAUCUGAUGAAAGAUUAGUUACUGAGUAUAAGAAAAUGAUUGUAUUUCUUGCCUGGCCAGUCAAGUACUGCUGAAAUGCUACUAUAAUAAUUCCAUUAAUUCAGCAUACUAAAAUUACUAUUUCUGUGAUGUAAAUCUGAAGAAAAGUUCUCCUGUAUUUCUGAAGUGAUUCAGUUGGACUCAAUAGGUCCCUCCCAACCCAGUAUAUUCUGUGAUUCUACUUCAAUGAUUUUUAGAUUUUUUUUUGAAGUAGCAACUGCAUCUAAAGUAGCCAUCCUCAAUACAUAGGCUGUAUUUUAAAUGCUGUGACACUAAAUGCACCUGAAGUAAAAAACCCAUAAAUGCAGAAACAGGAAACAUAUGGAAAAUAUCAUUGUGACUGGAAAAUGUUUCCAGAAAGAGUUUGAGUUCUCUGGCCCCUUUACCUGAUUAGAGUUAUUGUAGAAUUUAAUAACAUUGCCACUGACUCCUUCCAGGGGAAUGAACUCUACUACAGCACACUGAAUUUUGUUAUAAUUUAAUUUAAUUGUUCACAAACUCUGUCACAUAUGAGCAGUUAUGUUGCUGCUUGUAAUGUACAUCAUGAACUGAUAAAGAUUCAUCAUGUUUGAGAAGUUUAUUCACUAGAAAAUUAGAAUACUGCAGAGCAUGGAAUAGCUAACAAACAUUUUAAAUAUUCAAAUAAAUUUUCUUAACAUUAAGGAUCUGGUAACCAAUGCAGAAGGCAAUGUAUGGUGGUACAGGGCAUAUUUUUCUCAGCCUUGAGAGGUGAAUCUGAUGUUAAUUUUCCUAUCAAAUAAGAAUCAUUGUAACUUUUCAUCCUCUUAGCUUUAUGAAAGUUCUUUGCAUGACAAAUCAGGUUCUUAGUUUAAUAUUGCUACAUGCUACUGGAAUUCCUUAGAAAGCAAUUGAAACUAUUCAAUUAUAUUAAAGAACUAUUGGGAAACAGUUCAGUACACAACAAUAUCAACAGCACACAACAAUAUCAAUAUCCUGGUCUUCUUUAUAGCUGCAAGGUCGGUUAACAAAAAGUUCUGAAUGUGUAUUGUUCUAUAUUGCAAUUCACCAGCUUCUUAGUGUUGCACCUCUACAGCUGUUGGCAGGGACGUACUUUAAAGUAUUUUUUAAAGAUCACUGAAAUGAGCCAAGUUAAAAAAUAAAACCUUAAGAAACCCUGAAUUACUUUAAGAUUUACAUCAGUGGAAUCAUAUAGGGUAGUUAUGUAUGGCCUUUAAAACUCACUUAAGACAACUAAGGUGGCACUGAACUGCAGCACACAGUGUGAACACACAGUCAGUAACUUCUUAAAAUCACCUUCUGUUAUUGGAGAAAAUGUGCACGUAAAUUUUCACAUCAGUUCUUUGUUACAGGUUAAAUGUCUUCUUGGUGGGAAUGCUGCUGAUGGCUCAUUUGAACUGAACUAUUUUUUAUUGGUGAAAUAUAUAUUGUAGUGAUCAUUUUCAUAAUUUGCUUUUUUUUUUUCUUUGAAAGAUAUGCAUUCUUCAUACAUAGAUCUUCUCUUUGUCUUUUGUCAAAAGCAACUUUAUUUGCAUAUUACAGUAAUAAAAAGUAUAUUGUUCACUUGUGAUAUCUGCAAUAGAUCUUUCUAUAGAGGUCCUUACAGGGCCAUGUCUUGGGAAUAAACUUACCCAAAAAUACACUUUCUGCUCAUUUAUUAAGUUAGCAUAGUAUUUUAGCCACAUAAUAAAUUUGUAUUUGUCAUUAUCCUAAAAUGAAAUUAUCACAAGAGGAAGAAUAUAUAUAGAAGUGCUUCUUAUUCCUAAAGAUCAACAAUCACUGGAUGUUUCCAGCAUAUUGGUAUAUAGUUGUAGAACAAAAUCAGUGAAUAUUUAAGUACUUAAGUACUGGUUUAUAAAGAAACAGAAUUAUACAAGAACCCUGUAUUCAUAGUUUUUUAAUCAAUUUAUAAAAUUCAAGUUUAGUAGUUGGCAUGUUAAAAAAUUGUAAACUCCUUACACCCUUCAAAUAUGAAUCUAUUGUAUCCAAAUACUGAAAUCACGGUUUUUAAUACUUAGAUCAUAAACCUAAUCAAUUGUAAAUGAUUUAUUAAUCAGCCUCUAUAAAUGACAAUGCCACAACAUCUGCUCUAAGCCAUGGAGAAUGUGUAGCAUAGAUACAAAACAGAAAAAUCAGAAUGAAGAAAUACAAGUAGCCACAAAGUAGCCACAACCUGUUCUAUUGCAGUAACUGCUAUGAUGCUGAUUAAAACACAAUUUCAGGAUACCCAACCUAUUUAACGUUGUGAUAUUUACAUGUUGCUCCUGGUAAGACAU